AAUGUUCAAGAUGGGAUCUUGCGAGCUUGGUGGAAUUAUCCUUGUGGGAAACAUAAAUAGGAAUAAUCCGUGUGGGAAACGUAAAUAGGAAUGAUCCGUGUGUGGAACAUUAUAUGAGGUGAAACGACACAGGUCGAAACGUACCUACACACGAAUUACGUUUUCUACCUUUACGUUAACAAUGAUGAAUCGUAGUGACAUUCAGCAGGAUGGCAUUCGGUACUAACUUAUGUUCCACAUAAUCUGUAUCAAAUUAAUUUCGAUUUGAAAAUGGGUGAUAUGUUAGUCACAUCUUUUUUUCUUGGAGCAUUGGGAUUUCUGCUCUGCAUCUUGUUGAUCCGAAGACGAAAGAAACUUCCACCUGGACCAUGGUCUCUCCCUUUCAUUGGGUACAAAUUUAAAGAGGACCUCAUCCAUGAAGCCUACACAGACCUGGCUAAGAAGUAUGGUCCUGUUUUCAGUUUGAAGAGAGGGUCAUUUCUCUUUGUUGUUCUUAAUGACAAGGACAGCUUGAGACAGGCUCUUGCAAAGUCUGGGGAAUUCUUCUCUGAUCGGUUUGUGGCUGGUCAUCUGAACUGGGGUAUCCCAGACCCUCAAAAGAAAGCUUCCAUCGUGUUCAGUAAUGGAAAGCCUUGGAGUGACUUAAGGAAAUUCUCUCUUCCUGCUCUGCGCUCCUUUGGAUUCGGAAAACGGAGCCUAGUGCCUCGGAUCAACCUUGAAGCACGUUACCUUGCAGAUGAAAUCAGAAAUAUUCGUGGAAAACCCACAGAUCUUUCGAUCAUGCUCUAUAAGGCCACCGCGAACAUCAUUUGUCAGCUUCUAUUUGGUCGCCGAUAUGAGUACGAUGAUCCAGAGUAUAUUGGGAUUCUAAAGUCAGUUGAAGACACAGUCUCACUGAUCCCAGAAACAGAUCCGGUGAACAUCUUCGAAUCACUCAUACACACACCGAAAUACAAGCACUACCGUGAAACGAUCUUUGCCGACAGGGACUUCAUGAUGUCUCAUGUCAAAAGCCAUCAGGAGACAUUUCAGAAAGAGAACAUUCGUGAUUUUAUCGACGCCUUCCUAGCAGAUGAUGAUAUACGCCAGGAAUUCAAAGUUGAGUAUCUUUGGCGGAUUUUGCUGGAUUUCUUUCUCGGAGGUACCGAUACCACGGCAGUUGUUACAUCUUGGGCGAUUCUCCUCUUAGCAAUUCACCCGGAUGUUCAACAAAAGGUACAAACCGAAUUAGACACUGUUAUUGGACGUGGUCGUCAACCGACAACCGAGGACCGUCCACAGUUGCACUACUGCAAUGCCACCCUUGCUGAAGUCAUGAGAAUUCGACCCGUUCUUCCCGUCUCAGUCCCCCACAUGACUUCUGAUGACGUUUCUUUGGGAGGUUAUUCGAUUCCUAAAGGAGCCAUCAUUGUUCCGAACCUGUGGGCUGUUCAUCAUGAUCCGCGAGAAUGGAAGGAUCCGGAAGAUUUCAACCCAGACCGAUUUCUCAGCGAGGAUGGGAAAGUGUUUCAGAAGAACGAUGCUUGGAUGCCAUUCGGUGUCGGUCGGCGGGAUUGCGUGGGUAGUCAGCUGGCUAAAAUGGAAACCUUCCUCCUGUUCACCAAUCUCUUCCAGCAGUUUGAAUUCAGGUUACCACUCAAUCAACCCACUCCAAGCUUGCGUGGCGAGACUGGAAUCACCAUGAAUCCAGAACCAUACGAAAUCUGCGCCAUCGAACGCUAAUCUUAUAAAAAUCAUCUUCCACGACUAUGUUCCUUAUUAAGAUUAAUGUAGUUAAUCUAGUUACGGGAUUAUGGUGUGGAGGGGGAUGCAACCUGCACAAUGGCUCUCCGACGUCGACACACCCUCACUGUUCCCGAACAAACGGUAUUUGUAUUCGAUGGGUCUAGCUGCAAGGCAAACAAAAUAAUGUUGAAGAAGCAAAUCUUGGAUUUGAAACCUCGAACAUGAAAUGAUAUCGGUUAUUGCAGCCAAAGGAGUUUAAGAAAUCAACCUGCAAAAAAACAAAAAAACAAAAAAACAACAGUCACCUCUUUUUUGCGAUGGAACAUACAUUUUUAUUUUCACUAGAGAACUUUAGAAUUGUGGUGCUCAUAUCAGGUGUAUUAUAAGCUAACAUGAUGACACUCUGAUCAUGAUCAGGUUAUGUGUGUAUUAACUUGAAAAUAAUUGACCAGGAACAAAGUGGAUGAUAACCCCAUCUCACAAUGAUUCAUGAUUUGUUUUUCUUCUUGUAAUUUUCAGUAUAGAAAUGUGAAACUUAUUAAAAUAAAUUGACAAUUACCCAAACUUGGCAUUAGACAAGUUUAAAAAUUGAAGCACUUCCUUAAGACUUACUUCGGAUACAAGCGAGCGAAAUACAAACAAUAAAUAUAUUAUUUUGAACAUGUCAUUGUGAACAUAUUACAAUACACAAUACAACAAAACAAUCUCCUGAAGACGACAAAAACACACUUGUCGAAACGUCGAGUUUGGGUGGUCCUUUAUCAGGACCAACACUUGCCCAAGAAAGAUACAUGGUGUACCGUGAAACCUACUCCACAACACAUUUUAUGAAUUUAGGUACGUUAUUUGGGCUUUUUUAACGAAUUAUUUCAAUCAAUAAAAUCAUGUGAUCUUUACUUACGCCUGUCCAGAAUGCAUUGCAUUGCAUGCGGAUGGAUAUGUGUGCCCUUUCGGGUGAUCGUAUCCUGCUCAUCCCUCCUGAUUUCCGUACGUUCAUAAAGUCUACGAUUUUGUUUUAGCACGGACUCUUAUGCAAAUCUUUGUUGUCCCUACAAUGGGGUGUGGUAUACAGUGACAGUCUCUGGCGGCUAGCCUGGGGUGGUGAGCACUCAGGCUCUAUAUAGGCCUUAUACAACUGCUGCUGCCCCACCUUUUCUUCUUGAGUUCUAUUUGUUUGGCAAAAAGUGAUUGAAUAGGCUGACACUAGAGCAUAUACUUAAAUAGUGCUGAAAUAUAUUUUCUUCUCCUCCUUCUUAUUCUCUUCUUCUCCCCCUUCUCCUCUUUCUCUCUAUCACUUUCUUUGACAAUUUUCAUGAACGGGAGCAUUGAUUGUCGUGCUUAUGCAAUUUUUAAAAUGAUUUGUAUUUGUGUCAAUUUUUUUUCCUCCCCCUGUUGAACCCCCUCUCUUGGCUCUAUCAUCCUACAUCUCACUUUUACCUUAUCUCUCCCUUUAUGUCCCUCUCUUUUAUCCAUCUGUUUCCAUCUAUGAACUACAUUGCGAAGUAUGUUUCCACUCUUGAUGCAAUUUAAUCAUGAGUUUGUUUAAUAAAAUUUAACACAUUUUCUUUGUAUUUCA